CCCCGAGGGGGUCAGGGGUUACCGGAGAGCGAAAGAGCUGCUGCGCGUCGCAGAUACCGGCUCUUGGGCCCAUGGCGCCAGCGCAGCGUUGCCCCCUGUGCCGCCAGACCUUCUUCUGUGGUCGCGGACAUGUCUACAGUCGCAAGCACCAGCGGACGCUGAAGGCAGCUUUGGAGCGGCUCCUGCCCCAGGUAGAGGCCGCCCGCAAAGCCGUCCGCGCCGCCCAGGUGGAGCGCUACGUGCCCGAGCACGAGCGGCGCUGCUGGUGCCUUUGCUGCGGCUGUGAGGUGCGGAAGCACCUGAGCCACGGAAACCUGACCGUGCUGCACGGGGGGCUGCUAGAGCAUCUGGCCAGCCCAGAGCACAAGAAAGCAACCAACAGAUUCUGGUGGGAGAACAAGGCUGAGUUCCAAAUGAAAGAGAAGUUUCUGAUCUCCCCCCAGGACUAUGCUAGAUUCAAGAAAUCCAUGGUGAAAGGUCUAGAUAACUAUGAGGAAAAGGAGGAUGAGGUGAUCAAAGAAAUGGCAGCUCAGAUUCGUGAGGUGGAGCACAGCCGGCAGGAGCUGGUUCGGUCUGUCUUAGAGCCUCAGCCAGUGCCAGACCCAGAAGGCGGCUCUUCAGCACUUGGAAGCUGGAAAGGGACCAACAGUCUAGUGGCCUCCACCUCACAGCAGCCCUCCUACUUGGACCUGCCACCUGCCCCAGAGCUUGACUGGAUGGAGACAGGACAACCUUUGACAUUCAUCGGCCAUCAGGAGACACCAGGAGUUGGUAACAUCCACUCAGGUGCUACACCUCCUUGGAUGGUCCAGGAUGAAGAAUACAGCUCUGUAAACCAACAAAUAGGACCAUCCUAUGAAGAAUUCCUUAAAGAAAAGGAAAAACAGAAAUUGAAGAAACUACCCCCAGACAGAGUUGGGGCCAACUUUGAUCAUAGCUCCAGCACCAGUAUAGGCUGGCUGCCCUCUUUCGGCCGGGUCUGGAAUAACGGACGCCGCUGGCAAUCCAGGUGUGGAUCCAGUGCCAGGACCCCAACCCACUAUCCCUUUGGAGAUUUCAGCCUUUAUCCCGCUAACCUUUCAUUUCCUUUCAGACAUCAGUUCAAAUCAGAAGCUGCAGCAAGGAACAAACAGUCACAUAAAAAAAGCCAGUCGUUUCCGGAUACUUUUUCAAGCCAACAAACCCAUACCUAAAUCCUUUUCUUAGGAAAGAGACAUACCCACUUAUUUGAUUUAAUAAAAUUUUAUUUUCCAAAAUGUACAGUUGGAGGAUCUGUAAAAAAGAAAAAUAAAAGAAUCAGAACUCUAGAGCCUAAUACAAAA